AUGCACUGGUACAACAAUCUUUUUGAUUCUCCUAACACUCUGAGAUGGGUGCUCCAAGGGUCUAGGUUCACAGACAUCUCAAGGCAUAAAAAAGAGAAGGAAACUAUCCCGAACUGUCACAGGAAACAAUUACAUCAUGCAAAAAAACUCUGCAAAGAAAAUGAAGGGAAGCAGUGCAGCGUGCCAAAGAGAGAGGAAGAACCCCCCAAGGGAAAAUUUGAAUGGCAGCAAACCGAAGGGAAUUUUAGGCAAAGGCUGCUUAAGUCCCUUGAGGAAUUUAAAGAGGACAUAGAUUACAUGCCUUUUAAUAAUGAAGAAAUGACAAGAGAGGGAGAUGAGAUGGAACAGUCUUUGGAAGAGAUAAGGGGUCUGAGAAAGAAGUUUAGGGCUCCGCAUUUUAACAAUAGGCAUUCCAGGGACUGUCCUUAUCCCGUUCAAUGCCUUUCUCCCCCGAAUUUAAUUGUUUUCUGCUAUUAA